UCAAAAAUUAACACAGCAUUCUUAGGUACUUGCUUAUAGACUCUGGUUGUUGGGACCAUUUCUUCAUCUUAGAAUUGUCUUUCCAAGGCAAAAAAACAUGGGAGAUAAGUUGCACCUGGCAAUGGGAGUCAUGGGAAAUGCUACUUCUUUGUUACUUUAUACUGUGCCCAUAUUAACUUUUGUAAGAGUCGUAAAGAUGAAAAGCACAGAGGAGUUUUCAUGUAUUCCGUACAUCAUUUCACUAUUUAACUGUCUCCUUUAUACUUGGUAUGGAUUGCCAGUCGUAAGCUACAAGUGGGAAAAUUUCGCUGUAGUUUCCACCAAUGGUAUAGGGAUUCUUCUUGAGUUCUCCUAUAUUGCCAUCUAUUUCUGGUACGCUUCUGCUAAAAAUAAGAAGAAGGCAGCUAUGAUAUUGACACCUGGUAUUGUGGUCAUCUGCAUCAGCAUAGUUAUCUCAGCUUUUGUUUUCCAUGAUCACCAUCAUCGAAAGAUAUUUAUUGGGAGUGUAGGGCUGCUGGCUUCUGCAGCAAUGUAUGGUUCUCCACUGGUGGUUAUGAAGCAAGUGAUAGUUACGAAGAGCGUGGAAUUCAUGCCAUUCUACUUAUCCUUGUUCUCAUUCCUAGCAAGUUCAUUUUGGCUGGCUUAUGGACUAGUGAGCCAUGAGCUAUUUCUUGCGGCUCCAAAUCUGCUUGGUAGUCCCUUAGGCUUCCUUCAACUUGUGAUCUACUUUAAGUACAGGAAGUGGGGAGUUGUAGAAGAACCAAAAAAAUGGGAUUUGGAAAAGGAUGGUGAGAAAUCAAAGCAGCUGCAGCCUGUGAUUAAUGACAGUACUAAUGGCAUAAGUUCAAGAAAUUAACUAAGAUAUGAUUAGGUUUCGUUUUUAUCUACUAGCGGUGUCCCAAAUUAUAUAUAAUGGGUCCCUAUGAAUUGUAAUUCAGGACAUUACGCGCGCUGUCUUUUAUCUUAUAUGGUGGUUUGUGCUGUUCCCAGAGGUUUGUGCUGUGUAAGGAACUUUAUGUUUUUAAGCAAUACAUUUCAAUAAAGCUGCAAAGAAGGUAGCAAUUGCAACCUAUCAUAUA